CACGGAGCGGAUGCGCGCGCCUUGACACGACGCUAAGCAAGGCGUCGCGCCGCGAGUGGUGUGUAUGUAUACGUUGCGGGGAAGUUAUCCGCGUAGACGUCAGUGAUUCAACCAUUUUGAAAAAAAAAAUACUGGCCUCGCCGACAGUGUUGUGAAGCAGCAUAUUUGUGGCUUCUGCGACGGCCAGGUUACUGGCUGUCGAAGAAUUCUAAUUAUUACCAACAACGUGUCCUAGGGAUAAAACGUGUGUUUUUAAUUUUUUUUUUUUGUGAUUUGUGUGUGUGUGUUUUUUUGUAACCUCCGCGUCAAGUCUUUUCGCCGAGUGUGUUGUGUUCCUCGUUUACGUGUGUUUUACGUUUACUCCCCGGAGAUCGCCGCCACGGGACGUCAUGACGUCAUGGCGUCGCUCGGCGGUGGUAAUGACGUCACCGCGUCCAAGAGCCCGAAGCCAACGUUGGCGGCCUCCAGCCGCAGCGCGCCGGCGGAGUCCAUCCCUGCCGACCCCGCCGACAGCAAGGGCAGACAUGCCGCCGCGCAGCCGCCCCCGGGCGCCUCCAGGCUGGAACCGCCCAUGAUGACACCCGCCUCGGCCCCCGCCAUCACCAUGGAGACGAAGAAGGGGUGCGCGCCGCCCCCGGCCCGCCGCCGCAGCGUGGGGGCGGGGCCGCAGCACCAGCUACGCUCCCCCGCCGUCAAGCGCCUGCCCCAAGCCCCCGUCGCCCUGCAGGGCUGGCUGUACAAGCAGGGCAGCGAGGGCCUCAUGCUGUGGAAGCGACGCUGGUUCGUGCUGUCCGAGUACUGCCUCUUCUACUACAAGGGACCGGAGGAGGAGAAGCUGCUGGGGUCGAUCCUGCUGCCGUCGUACAGGGUGGGUCCGUGCUCGCCCGACGACCGGGUGCACCGCAAGCACGCCUUCAAGGCGGAACACGCCAACAUGCGCACCUACUUCUUCGCCGCCGACUCGCGGGAGCUGAUGGUGCAGUGGACGGGCGCUCUCCACCUGGCGUCCUUGCUGCAGGAGGGCGGUGCCAGUUGCGGCGAGAGACGGCGGCCGAGCAGACCCUCGCAGCAGCAGCAGCAGCAGCAGCAGCAGCAGCAGCAGCAGCAGCAGCAGCAGCAGCAGCAGCAGCAGCAGCAGCAGCAGCAGCAGGCCUCGGAGGACAGCGACUCCGGCUUCCACGGCGGCUACCAGCUUCAGCCCCGCCCCCGGCACGCCGCCCCCGUGUACGCCAACGCGCCGCCCAAGCCGCGCCGCCUUGAGCCCGAAGACUGCUGCUCCGCCGCCCCCGCUGAGCGACGAACCCCGGACACGUACGCGCGGUCCGGAUCCUCCGCCGCAACCGCAACCGCCGCGCGCGACUACGAGGACGUGUACUGCCGCGAGGACCCGGCGGGAGUGACGCACGUGUACCGGCGGCCGUCGGGGCAAGUGGCGUACAUCAGGGGCGCCGGUCCUCCGCUGUCUGCGCUGCACAGACCUCGCCAGAACCAACAACAACAACACCAGCACCACCCGAGACCCCACAGCGCAGACUUCCUCGACCACCACCACCACGGCUACCACACGACCCCGCUGCCGCAGCACGCGCGCCGCGAGCCCUCGCCCCAGCGCGCGGCGCGCCUGCAGAGACCCAAGUCCAGCCUCGACGUGGCGCCCGCCCAAGCCGCGGGGGACUCGUACUACUGGUCCGAGGAGCUGUACGCGCAGAAGAUGCGCCAGUCGGCCACGUACCUGCAGCACGCCGCGCGGCCGCCGCCGUCGUCGUCUUCCUCCCCGUCGGCGAGGUCGCUGGUCGCCGUCGACGGAGGCGAGCCCCUGGUGUUCAGGCGCCCCAGGCCGGCGCAGGUCCCGAGCCUCAUGGACGGAGACCCUAUGGUUGCGAGGCAUUCGAGGUCGGCGCAGGUCCCGAGCUUGGUCGACGGGGACCCUAUGGUCGCGAGACACUCCUCAAGGUCGGCGCAGGUACCGAGCCUCAUGGACGGGGACCCUAUGGUCGUGAGACACUCCUCUAGGUCGGCGCAGGUCCCGACGGGAGGUACCCUCGUCGACGGGGACCCUAUGGUCGUGAGGCACCCGAGGUUGGCGCAGGUCCCGACGGGAGGUAGCCCGGUCGCCGUCGGGGACCUGGGCCAGGUCUCCGUCGACGCUGAGCCCCCGGUGUUCAGGCACCCCAGGCCGGCGCAGGUCCCGGGCCUGGUGGACGGGGACCCGGUGGUUGCGAGACGCCCCAGGACUCCGGAGGAGCAGCAGCAGCAGCCCGGGAGGUCGCCGUCGCGUCGCUGGAGCGAGUACGCGGACCCCAGGGCCGACGGCCAGUUCCUGAGGUCGGCGAGCGCGCGCCUGCCCCGCCAGAGGUUCCCCGGAGACGAGGAGACGGAGGCGCCCCAGGCGGCCGGAGUCCCCCAGGCCGUGUGCGAGGGAGACCAGAGGCCCAGGAGCUCGACGGACGCACGCGAGGGCGACCGCAAGGUGCAGCAGAGGGAGGAGUCCAUGAGGCGGCUGCUGGAGUGGAAGCAGCGCAUGCUGCAGUCGCCGCUGACUCGCAAGCCGUCGGGCUCGUCGUCGCGCGGCGAGCUGUCCCGGGCCCACCAGCACCAGCAGCAGCGGCAGGCGCUGCGCGAGCUGACGGGGGGCCAGGACCCCGCGUCUUCCCGCCGGAGGGCCUCCCAGCCGGAGGGUCGCAGCCGCAGCCAGGACCCGGGGCGGCGGUCUUCAACGUCCGUCUGUCGCCACAACAGCUACUCGUCGGACGACGAAGCGUCGGGGUCCGGCUCCGUGAUUGGUCGAGACCCGCUGCCCCCUCGCUCCGUGUCGGCCGCCUCGCUGCAGCUGCAGCAGCCGCCCCCGCCGCCCCCGCCGCCGCCGGGCCCGGUCGACGGGAAGCAGCCGCCGCCGCCGCCGGCACAGCCCCCGGAGGCGGGAGACCCGCACGACACUCCAGGGAGGCGGGCCGCGCCGUGGGACCUGAGCGUGUCGGCGGGAGACCUCCUGGGACGCACGCACGAGGAGCUGGUGCUGCUGCUGAUCCAGCUGCGCCGGCAGAGCGCGGGGCUGUGCAAGGCCGUGGAGGCGUGCCGCGUGGAGAUUGAGGCCCAGGCGAGACUGGCCGAGCUGGACGCUCCGAGGCGGCUGGAACACCUCCAGAAGCUGGAAGAGUUGAAGAAGCACCUUCUGGACCUGGAGAAGCAGUACGAGAAGGGCAAGCCGCUGGUGAACCUGGUGGACAACAUGGUGAAGCUGGGCUCGCUGUACCGCGGGGGAGGGGUGCCGCCCCCGGGGGCAGAGUCCCCGGCAGUGAGGGACCGCCUCGAGUUCAACCAGAAGGUCCAGGAGCAGAGGCUGCUGGCCCAGGAGCGACGCGACUGGGAGCGACUGUCGCCGGACCAGGGACAGCUUCAGGCGAAGGUACAGGAGCUGUACAGGCUGGAUCGAGUGCUCCAAGAGGAGUCGAGCACGCUCCAGAGCUUACAGCAGGACAAGGAGCUGCUGGAGAAGGCCCUGGGGGGACUGCGCAGCAAGCUGCAGGGCAGCCGCGCCAGCCCCGCCGAGGCGGAGCGAUACCGCCGGCAGCAGCGGCUGCUGGAGAAGGAGCUCAGCCGCACCCACCUGCUGCUCGCACACAACUCCAAGAAGCUGGAGGAGACGGUGGCGGAGAACGCCCGGCUGGAGCAGGAGCUGGUGAUGCUGAGGCAGAAGUGGCAGGCGUCGUGGGGGCCGGGCCCCUCCCCGCGCCGCCCCCCCCUCCACCCGCACCACCCCGCGGGCGCCACCACGGCGGCGCUGGAGGCGGAGCUGAGGCGAGUGCAGCGCCUGGUGGGCGACCUGCAGCGCCAGCGCCACGAGCUGAGUGCCCAGGUGCGCCAGCUCACCGACAAGUCCCGCAGCCUGGUGCGCCAGAUCAGGCCGGGCCCCGCGGGCGUCCCAGGCUCGGUGAGCUACGACGGCUACACCAACGGUGGGGAGGCGGACGCGGUGCCCCCGCCCCUCCCGGCGCCCCCGGAGAUGCCCCCCGACUACCCGCCCCCGCCGCCCCCGCCUCCCCCGCCCUCCGAGGAGGCCCUCAUGAACGGCGGGCAGCCGUACUGCACCCAGAUGGACAUCAACGAGGCGGACGACCGCAUGAAGAGGUUCUAUGGCAUCAUCCCCCGGGAGAAGCAGCAGGAGAUAAAGACGGUGCGCAUCGUGAAGCGGGAGUCGGAGCGGCGGCAGAGGGACCGCGACAGGAGCGGCAACAUCGGGAUCCCGCUGACCAACGGGAGCGCCGUCGUCGGGAAGCGGGUGCCCGCGGCCGGCGACGCGGGGGGGGAUCCCGCGACCAGCCCGCUCGCAGAGAGACCCCAGCUGGGCCGGGUUUUGGAGGAGGAGCCGUUGCCACCCGGCACGGACGAAUACGAAGACCCCGUGCUGGCCCAGUUCCAGCGCUCCAUGUCGCUGCCGCGCGGCUUCGGCAAGCGGCCGCCCGCCGUCCCCCCUCCCCCGCCCGCGCGGGUCCCCUCGCCCCGCGGAGGCGGCGUGGGAGCCGGCGUCGGAGGACUGGCCGCCAGCCGCCAGAGGGUGCGACAGUUCGAGAGCUGCAGCGCUGACGGCCAGCGCGCCGCCACGGCCCGGGAGCAGCUGUUCGGCGAGGAAUCCCGGCCCCCGUCGCCCGUCGUGUUCAAGUCCGAGGCGGCUCGCGCCAUCAUCCUCGAGGUGUCGGACCGCUCGGGGAGGCGCGCCGUGCCGCGCGAGAAGCGGCGCCACCACACCGUGUCGAGCGCCGCGCGGCUGCUGCUCGACGGGGACCCCGCGUACAUGGGGUCGGCGCGAUCGUGCGACGACCUGGACAUGGAGCGGGCGCUUCGACCGCGGCUCAACGCCCCGGACGUCGUGCGAUCGACCAUGAGCCACCGCGACUUCAAGUACAACGAGAACACCAUCGACAGCAUCCUGGGCACGCCCAGCAAGAUCCUCAUCCCGGAGCGCUACAUUCCGGAGCAGGCGCCGGAGCUCUCCGCGGAAGAGCAGCUCCAGAGGAUGAAGAAGGCGGAGUCCAUCCGGAAGAUGCUGUCCGAGACGAGCGCAGUCACGUCCGGCGACCCGAAAGACGGGGAGGAGGAGCGGAGCUCCACGCUCAGGAAGAAGCUGGCGGCGGAGAAGAAACAGCGGGAACACCUGCUGCAGCUGAACCAGAUCCUGGCCAGGCAGGUCAUGGAGAAGAGCAAGAUAGUCGCAGGUUCUACUUACCCUCACGGCCAGGAAUGCCAGAAUUUCAUGUCGUCACAGUGAAGGCCCUGGCGACGCUGCCGCUCAACACGGAGCCAAGCUUCGACGAGGACGACCUGUCGCCGAUCCAGCCCCUGCCGCUCUUCCAGCAGCGGGAGAACUUCUACUCGUAGUGCCGGCUGUCGGGCCGCGAGCGACUCCCGGGGGGACUCCCCCCGCAGCGCGCCUCCCCGGGCCCUGAGCGGGGGUGUUCGUAGUCUGCAUCCACUGCACUGGACCGAGGCCGCCGAUCCUUCAUAUUUCCAUCCGGGGCAGUAAGCGUGGGCGAGGCCAGAAACCGUAGUUUCUAUAACUCGCCAAGUGCAUGGUAAUUCAGGUGCACCCCACACUGGUGAAGAAUCAUUUGAAUCGACAGGCGGGGGUGCGUGUCUUGUGGGAUAGGUUUGGCACACGGGCCUGUGUGUGCGCUGGUAGGUUGUGUUGUGUAAUGCGAUACAAGUUACGUGUACCUAGUUCGGCGGGGGAGUGAAGCUCCCCACCAGUUAGAUCGGCUAACUGGUGUAAUGUAGUGUCGCACUGGACUGAAGGUUAUUUUUUUUUUCUUUAACAAACGGGAGAAAGGCCUACUUCCCCACGCGCUUUUCCCGAGUCGAUCAUCACCACCCCGCACGGUCAUUUUCCUUUCCGAAACCACAUUUUUUUUGGAAGCAUUUUGAAGAUCAACGUAAAGGGAAAAAAGAUUUUACCGUAGCGGCCAGCGUGUCCGAGAAAUCCCGCGGCGUUACGUCGCGUAGUCUUCCCUUGAAAACGGCUCUUGGAGACUUGGGCACACGUACGCUGUAAAAAAAUUUUUUUAUAAUUUUGAAGCAAUAACUUUUAUGGCAGCAAUUUUAUUUUGUUUUAUAAGGUACAAAUAUUACCAGUGUCCACUGUGUGUUGUUUGAUAAGUGAGCCGGUGUAUAUGUUCGUGUGAAUAUGUAUUUGUAGUAUAUUUACAGUGACGAUGCAGGAAAACGUUUGGCAGAGAAUCGGCAAACAUUAAGCGACGCUGCGAAAAAAAAAAAACACUCGAAGGGAGGGGAAUACUUUCUUGUUGCACGCACUGCCGACGCGAAGUGCAUCUUCUGUUACUUCCGUUGUUUUACGUAAAAAAAAAAAGGCAAGAGCUAAUCUUUCCUUCUCCUGGAGCUUAAAAAAAAGAAAUUUUUUUCAAAGACUGAUGACGUAUGUAUCUUCAGAUGGUUGUGCAUAUUUUGUCGUGUACACUUGUUACGAUGACACCAUGUAAACGUUAUAGGUGAGUACAAUCAAUGAAAUUGUUAACUGUCUUCGUACUUGUUUUUAGCAUCUGAUUUUUUUUUUUAGAUACUGUAUUUUUAGAUCACUUGCUCGGUGUACUGAUGGACUAAUAACUUUUUUACUUUCACCGGAAAAAAAAAAUUUCAGUAAUUCGUCAUAAACUCAAAACUGUUGGUGACUGUCUUAGCAUUAACUUCAGAAACUUAGUACCCUUCCUUUAUUCUUCCCUGAAUGUUACAUACUUACGUUGGAGGCAACUAGUACAGUUAUGGAAUUUUUUUAAAAAAAUGUACGUAUAUAUUUUCGUUCACACUGUGGCAUGGCUCAAUAAAUAUUGCCAAACAGUAUUAGUCAAGCACAAAGCUAUUUUGUAUUUUUCCUUAUGUUGUAAUGCUACUGUUCAGAGAAAACCCAAAAUUACAAUCCAGCAGUGUUCAACAUGUACAAGUUACAGCCUCAAUCGGUGAUGAAUGUUACGCUGAAGGCCUAUGUAGUUUAUCAAUAUAUUCUAUUUCACUAUAAAUAAAAAUCCUAAUUAUGUACAUACCUACAGAACUGUCAGUUAUGUAUAGAUUAUAAUGAUGUUACAAGCCUUAUAUACUUUCCUUCAUCGAGGUUCAAGUGAAAAAAAUAAAUAAAUCAGCAAAUAAACAUUUUUUCAAACAGGGUUCUUAACAAGGAAUUUCAAAUCAAAUUUAAAUAUGUAACCAUAGUGUAGGUGAUAUAUAUAUGUAUACAUGUAACAAGUAAGUUGUCAGGUAGUGAAAAUUAUAAAAUUAGAACACCCUAACAAUUUGUGGCAAAAUUUGUAAGCGGACCCUUUUACACUCGUAAUAAUGAUAGUGUAAUUAUUAUAAAUAGUAAGAUUUAGACGUAACAAGGGUAGUACAGUCAAACCUUUAUCUAUCGAACUCGCAUGUAUCGAUUGUCCGUGUUUAUCGUAUACUUUCUACGGUCCCGCCAAAAUUGCCAUACAACUAAGGUUAAAAAAGUCCGCUUGUACCGAUGUUCGAAUUAUCGUUUUGUCCGCAUUGAUCGUACAAAAUAUGUGGUCCCGUCACUAUAAAUUAUAAUAAAUAAUGAUCGUUUAACCAUAAAUAUUUUGCAGAAAUAACCAUUUCUUAGACAGAAACCGUCAUAAAAACAGUAACGAUUGUAUAAGUAAAAAUCACCUUAAAUCUGCAGCCGAGUAAUGGAGCACGUAAACAUGAAGAAAAGACAAAUGAACAACUUACGAAGAAAUAUGGUUGAUGUACCAUAACUACAGUACAAACCCAAUUGUUAUCUUACGAUAAUUACCAUAAAAAGAACUACAGAUUCUUUGUUGAUACCAUAAUACUACAGAAGCACGAUAGCUACCACAUUUGCACUAUAGUUACCGUAACAACCGAGAUGUAUAUUUACCGUGAUGGUAAUGUACGUAUUUAUUUAAGACAUAUUAAAAUUAAAGAACAUUACUGAAAAAAAAGCAUGUUAAAUUUUUAUAUGUACGGUUAGCACAUGUUGCGAAGAAAUAAUGCGAUCUGAAAGAAUGCAGUACUACUACGAAAAGUGAAAAGGGUACUCGUGGAUUUUUAGGUUAUGGCAGUCUCUCACGUUUUUUCAGUAAUAUCGGCCGAAAAUUAACAAGCGUAUCGGAAGUAGGCAGAAAUGCCGAUUCAACUAAAUAUUGGCAAAAUCGGCUUCUUCAGUACACAUCUAUAUUUGAUGGCAUGAGUAAACAUUUCAGACUUCAGUAUAUUGAAAAAGACUUUAAUUUCCAUGUAUAUGGUUUAUUGUGCGUAUGUUUUUUUUUUGCAAGUGUAAAUUGAAUUAAGUAAAAUGCUUCCAUUUUUAUUUUUUCUCAAAUGAUUAAACUUUAAUGACAAGUAACUGAUAUAUUUCUGACACUAAUUUUGAGGUUGAAAUAUUUUUUUCAAAAUCUAAGAGUGAAGUCCACAUCUAUUGAAUGUCCGCAUCUACUGAAUUUUUUUGUUGGUCCCCUGAAAAACGAUAGAUAGAGGUUUGACUGUACUAAUCAAAAUAAUUUUUGAUGUAGGAAUUUUGAACAUUUUUUUUUUUCAAUCUAGACAAGAAAAGUAAUUUUGGAAUUUUUAUCUGUGAAGCAUACACAGCAUUCAGUAAAUGUAAAACACGUCUUCUUUAAAUGACCAUUACUAUUGGGUAGCGCUAAUAUUUGGUUGUGGUGUUAAUACUGAAAAAAAAAACGGGAACAUUCAUUUUCAAUUAUUUUGAUCAGAAAAUCUUUUGAUAAAAGUCAGUCAAGCAAAAAAUUGUGAUUUGAAUGAAUAUCGGUGUGCCUAAUGAACAUUUAUUACAUUUAUUAAAUUGCUGUACUAGUUUGUUGAUUAAAUUUUUUUUAAGUGAAAAGACCUUAAUAUUUAAAAUCGUAAAACUUUCUGUAUGAAUUCUUAAAGGUUAAGCAUUUUACCAUUUUAGCCUUUCAUUAGUAUAGAAUGGCUUCGAAUGUAUAGCAGUAGUGAAUAUGACCUUUAACUUAAGACAUUUUUUAUUACAUGAUGACCUUGCAUUUAAGACACUCGUAUGAGGGGACUGAUUGUAAUAAAAAGAUACCUUAAAUAUGUACGAGGCCUCUUCUUCUGACAUUUUGUUACAUUAAAAAUUGCUGGAUGUUAAAUUUUUUUUUUUUUUUUUUAAGAUUUUAAGCACUCUGUAAAUAAUCAUUUACUUGAUUUAUGAGUUUGACUGCAUGAUACAGUAAAACCUUCUAGAAAAAAUAUCCUUAAUAGUUCGUAAGUAUAAAAAAAUUUUGCACUUCACCUAUAAAUACAUAAAAUUUUGCCCGUUUGGUAUGUUUAUCCUGUUAGUAAGCUUAAAUUUGUAAGUUACACUUAACGAUAUGGUUUUACUAUGAUAGGUGAGGUCGGGUGGAAGUUUCUGGGAUGUGGGAAAUACACUGAUGAUAUGGAGAGUGAAGUGGUGGACAGAGAUUUGAGCUCAAGACGUUUGAAAUGUAAAGGGUUUGCGGUGAGGGGAAGGCGAACGGUACAUUCCAGCUGAACGGCGAACCAAAUUUUGCCACAACUUAAUGGUCGCAAAGUGUUUCUUUUUGACGUGGUAACGUCUUAUAAAUCGAUGAACGCCAGCUGCACGCACGAAAAAGCAUGACUCAUCGUCACGUUCCGCCCGAGCCGAGCGUGCAGGAACCGGCCAACCACCAUGCGAGAAAAUCUUCUAUAAUAUCAAACAUGUUAGGCCGGGCUUUUUAAAAGCAGCAAUUUAAAAUAUUUGAUUCAUUUGUCCAAUUUCGUCAUUUCAAAAUAACAAUUUAUUGACAUUAAUUUGAUUUCAGUUCAUUUAUAUAACUAAUUGGCCCUGAUUAUAUUUAAACAAAUGAUUUGAAUUAAAUUUGCAAAAACUGUAAAUAAUAUUUGAAAAUUAAAAAGUAUGCAAUUUUUCAUCAGUGUUUUCUAAUGAUGUUAUCACGUAAAAUUAUCGUCCGUAAACCGACUUUACAGACAAACCCCCCCCCCCCCCCCCCCCUUUUUUUUUUUCUUCUUUUUUGCUACCUGACAAACUUUCUCUCUGAGGUGUGAAGAUGUGCUCCCACAACUCAAUCACAAACAUUGUACGACACCGUGCGUAGUCUUUCCUAGGGCCACCGCGUCGGGCCACAGAGACAUCCGACGCUGCUUUUCGAGUAGUGUUUCGUAGGACGCACGAACGAAACGCUGUCUGGCGUUAAAACAGGCUGAGAUAGAGUAUAUUUUUGUACGUUAACGAUGUAAACUUUUGUAAAAAUGUGUUGUAAUGUUAUGAAGAUGCUGCAAAAAAAAAAAAGAAGUUUGUGUGCAACUUCCAUGUAAAUUUUUUUUUAAUUUAAAUAAUUUUUGACAUAUUGAAUUGUGUAUCAUGUUUUUUUUAAAUGAAGUGUAUGAUUCAAAACUGAUGAAAAGAAGAAAAAAAACUUUUGAGAAGAUAGCUGUGGAUGUUGCUCAAUGAAGUUGCUUUCCAAUUUCAUUCAGUACAUUUAUACUCUUCCGUCGUGCCUGGGGUAAACUUAUGGACGGCGAGGGGGGGUGAAAGAUAUAUAUUUUGACUAAUGAUUUGUGGCGACGUUUUUAGAAACCUAAUGGAAAAUUUUGUUUUGGUAAUUGUGUAUGAGUUAUAUGUCUGUGUUUCAUAAUAAUUUGGACGAUUAUUCCUAGGGGGGGAAAAUAAAAGAUUUCAUGGAGCAUUCAUCCAACAGCUUGAGGUCGAUCAAAGUUGCGGCCAUUAAAAAUAUAUACUUAAAUGUUCACGUAUACUUAAAAUUAAUAUACAUAACAAAAUAUAAUUAUAAGUGAGUUCCACAGAAGAAGAAAAAAAAAUACCAGUAGAGUGAUUCUAGCCAGUUAUUGUAGAGUAUUAAUGAUGAAAAGUUGUAUCUAUUACGUUGUUGGCGAGAAUGAGAUGUUGUUAUGUCAAUUAUUGUUUGUUAUUUAAUCGUGAUGAAUGGAGUGAUGUAGCAUAUCCAUCAGUUAUAUUUAAAGAAAAAAAAAUAUGAAUGUUCACGUAAAUGUAUGACCACUGUUUGAAUUACGUUGUAAUGAAGUUUCGUAACAUCAGUGUUUCAUAUAAAAGCAUUUGUAAAGCA